AUGGAAUUGGUAGGGUACGCUGCAAGUAUCAGCCAGCUCGCAGUAUAUCUAACCUCGUCUGCUGUCAGCCUGAAGAAGUUAUACACUGAGCUGCGAAACGGCGAUUCCACUUAUCACAGCGAUGCGACAAACAUUGAACUUCUGCUAAAUAUAUUUCAACGUCUUCGCGACCAGAAGAUCGAUAACCACGACCCUGUUCUUCCUGUACUGAUAGCCAUAUCCGGACUCGCUACCGAGUUGCUUCAUUUACUUCAGCCAAGGAAGAAGUUUGGUAUCAACUGGGCCCCUAUCAUACGCCAGGAUAAAAUCACCUCAGCGUUCGAAUCACUUGACAAGAAGAGGAGAAUACUUCACUUAUACAUCUCCCAAGCGCACCAAGCGGCUCUCAUAGAUCUCCGGGAGACGAUCGACAAAUCGAACAUGGCGGCCCCUUCGGGAAGCUCCACGGGGAAAGCAACCCAAGGAUCACGCUCGUUUACGGUUGAAGACGUCGACGUUGAUGGUGUGAAUUCCAUAAUGACUGGUCAGCCCAAUCAAAAUGAACCCUUCGAUGAUGUCAGCAUCAAGAAGAUCAAAGUAGUUGGUGCGAACCAAUCAGGAAUUGGAGAGCGAGCGCCUGCCGACUGGAACAAACUCCAAGAGAAUCUCCUCGAGCAGAAACGUCUCGCGCACGAUGCCACACAACCUCCCACAGUUCCUGGCGCUACCACUCGAGUACCCACCGCCAAUGUGGUCCCUCUCGUACCAAAUGCUAACAUAACGCCUCCUGUGCCUAACGCCAAUGCGAGACCUCCCGUACUUGCCGCUGAACACGUCGCUGAAGUGGCAUACGGCCAGCAUCAAGAGGCAGGCGAUUCGAACAUGGAGUAUCGUGGUAGCAACGACGCGUACGACAACGACAGCGCAGUAUCUGUGACAGACCCACAAGAAGAGCGUUCAUCGACACAGCGCAAAUCCAGCAAGCAUGUCCACAAUUGA